ACUGCCGACCAUGCGUAUUGCACAUACUUUGCCCAUUUUGAUAUUGAUAGUUUGUGUUAUAAAUUAUAAUCACAUAUUGAGAUAACCAAUAAAAGAAACAUACAAAAAGAAAUAAUGAUUAUUUUAUUUUAAUAUUGUCAUUAGUACUUUUUUAAUAUAUAUAUAUAUGGAAAUGUAUUUUAAUAAUAAUUUGUCAACUGUAUAUUUCUCGCUUAUUAUCUUGUAACGGCUGAAAGUAUAAAUUAUGCUUAGAGCAGUUUCAACAAUUUGCAUUGAAAGCCAGGCUCUCGAGGUGCUGGUCAAGAGUUGGCGAACGCGGAGGGAUGUUUUCAAAUUAUUUCGCACACAGCCACUGUCCACCUGUACACCUGACCACAACACUCAGACUGUGGUGAGGAGUAAUGCGCCGCCGGCGGAGGAGGCACCUGUAGGGCCCGCGCCCCCUCGGGCUCCGCCGCCGCCCCCGCCGCCGCCUUCGCCGCCCCCACAGCGCGGCUGGCCGGCUGCUGCAGCCGCGCUGGCCGUCACACUCUCUCUUGGAGGGGUAUAUUUUUAUCGCAAAUUAACUAAUGAGAAGAAUUUACCCGCAAUUGGCGAUGGCCUAGAAGCGGAACGUUCGAAGGAGAAUAAGCGGCCGGAUCCGGCGACCGGCGCCGAGCUGCCGCAGUACGUGGACUACCUGCUGGUGGGCGCAGGUACCGCUUCCUUCGCGGCCAUGCGCGCCAUCCGCGGCGCGCGGCCCGACGCCAGCGUGCUGCUGGUGGGCGACGAGCCCGAGCUGCCCUACAUGCGGCCGCCGCUCAGCAAGGAGCUGUGGCGCGAGCCCGAGCUGGCCGUCGCCGCCGCCCUCGACGGGCUCUCCUUCCGGCAGUGGAACGGGCGCCGGCGCAGCCUGGCCUACGAGCCGGCCGCCUUCUACUCGCCGCCGGCCGCGCUGCCGGACGCGGGCGGCGCGGCCGUGGCGCGCGGCUGGCGCGUCGAGCGACUGGACGUGGUGCGGCACGAGGCCGAGCUGCGCGCGCCGGCCGCCGCCGCCACCACCAGCACCUCCACCACGCUGCGGUACGGGCGCUGCCUGGUGGCCACGGGCGCGCGGCCGCGGCGGGUGGCGGCGCUGGCGGGCGCGGCCGCCGCGGGCCGGUCGCUGGUGCUGCGCGACCUGCGCGACCUGCGGCGGCUGGCGGCGGCGGCGGAGGCGCCGCACGUGCGCCGCGUGGUGGUGGUCGGCGGCGGGUUCCUCGCGUGCGAGCUCAGCGCCGCGCUGGCCGCGCGCCUCGCGCCCGCCGGCACGGCCGUCACGCAGGUGUUCCGCGAGCCGGCGCCGCUGGCCGCGGUGCUGCCGCGCUACCUGGCCGACGAGGCCGCGCGCCGCCUGCGCGCCGCCGGCGUGGCGCUGGCGCCGGCCGCGGAGGUGGAGGCGUGCGCGGUGGAGCCGGCCGCGCUGCGCCUGCGGCUGGCGGGCGGCGGCGAGCUGGCGGCCGAGCUGGCGGUGGAGUGCGCGGGGGUGGAGCCCGACGAGGCGCUGGCGCGCGCGUCCGGCCUGGAGACGCACCCUCGGCUGGGCGGCGUGGUGGUGUCGGCCGAGCUGCAGGCGCGCGCCGACGUGUUCGCGGCCGGGGACGUGGCCUGCUUCUACGACGUGGCGCUGGGCCGCCGCCGCGUGGAGCACCACGACCACGCGGUGGUGUCGGGCCGCCUCGCCGGGGAGAACAUGGCCGCCGCCGGCCCGCCGCGCCCCUACACGCACCAGAGCAUGUUCUGGAGCGACCUGGGGCCCGACCUGGGCUACGAGGCGAUAGGUAUAAUUGACUCUCGGCUGCCGACCGUGGGCGUGUUCUCGGCCGAAGCGGUGACGGAUGCGGAGGCACCGCCGGUCGCGGCGACGGCGGCCGACGGCGUCGCAGGGGCGGCCCCGAGCCGGCCGGACGGCUCGGUCGCGGUCCGGUCCGGCGGCGAGGCGAGCCCCGUCCGGUCCGGCGGCGAGGCGAGCCCCGUCCGGUCCGGCGACGAGGCGGCGGCGCGCCGGUACGAGCGCGGCGUGGUGUUCUACUUGCGCGAGAAGCGGAUCGUUGGCGUGCUACUUUGGAAUCUCUUCAAUCGGAUGCACGUCGCCAGACAGGUCCUGGCGCAGGGCGAGUUUGAUGAUUUGUUCGAGGUGGCCAAGCUGUUCUCCUUGCACGAGGAAGACUGAGGACGUUAGCAUUUACUGUAAAUAAAUAAAUAAAUAAUAUAACAC